AUGAGAUUCUACGAUCACAUAUUGAAGUCCCACCCGCAUGCUCUGCAAGGUCUCAGCGCCACUGAUUGUGUCGCUUCCGAUGCCGACACAGCGCCUGACCUUCGCACUCCCGCCAACCCUCCAGCGCGAGCUUUUGGUCACAGACAAAUCUCCGUCAGUACAGGGUUCAGGGAAGAUGGUAAUACUCCUAUCACGCAACAUUUUGCGCCUGUGCCGUCCAAGGAUGCGAUGUUGAAAUAUCGAGAUGAGUUGGCUAUCGCAGCCAUCUAUAACGAUUGGGAGAUUGGUGGUAUUGUCAAUGAUGUGUUAGUAAAAUGCCAAGAGACCCUCAGGCCGGCCAUCACCGAUGCGAUGCGAAAGUACAAUGUGGACGACAACUUCUGA